UUGCUUGGACUUGAUGUUAGAAGACAUUUUCAAGAUACCUAGACUGAAAAAGACAUUUGAAAGGGGUAUUGCAGUACAUGGCUACAUUUACAACCGAUCUGCAUUGCUAAACAUGAUGAGGCGCUAUACAAAUUUGAAGAAUUUGAUCAAGCCUGCAAAAACUAGAUUUGCAACCGCCUUUCUGACUUUGUCUAGGAUGCAUCAACAAAAAAACAAUUUGAGAAAGAUGGUCACCUCUGAAGACUGGACCUCAAGCAAAUGGGCAAAGGAGACACAAGGUAAAAGAAUGGCACAAACUUUGUUGAUGCCUUUAUUUUGGAAUACUGUUGUAUUUGCCCUUAAGGUCUUAGGUCCUCUCGUCAAAGUGCUUAGAUUGGUUGAUAACGAGAAGAAACCUCCCAUGGGAUACAUUUAUGAGGCAAUGGAUAGGGAAAAAGAAUGCAUUGCAAGUUCAUUUGAUCAUAAAGAAGAGAAGUAUAAUGAAAUCUUCGAAAUCAUCGACAAAAAAUGGGAUGUCCAAUUGCAUCGGCCUUUACAUGCAGCUGCGCACUUUCUUAACCCAGAAUUCUUUUACCCAAAAGCGUUAGAGGUGCAAAAAGAUCAUGAAGUGAUGAAUGGGUUUUAUGAAUGCAUGCAAAGGUUGGUCCCAGAUGUCACUGUUGAAGAUUUGAUCACUAAUGAGAUGAGUAUUUAUAUGAAGGCUAAGAGUCUUUUUGGCAAGUCUGUUGCGAUUAGGCAAAGAAAUACAAGGGCACCAGCUGAUUGGUGGGCAUCAUAUGGUUCUAAACUCCAAACUUGCAAACUUUUGCCAUAA